CCAGCCCUUGAGCGCUCAGACGUCUGCUCCAUGUAACAAAUCCAUCCAGUGCUGAACGCCUCUUCGGGUUCUCCGGAGCUCCAGCAAUGCGGCCAAUGCUCACGGAAGCUCUGUAGCCCCCAAUUAGCCCCAUUCCCCACAUGAUUCCUCACGUUCCCAAUUGUUUCACAAACGCAGAACAUCGCCCACCAUGCUCCUGAAAGAGACCUACCCAAUCGACCUGCCCACCUCCACAACCCCCAUCCGCGUCUUCAUCACCGAGCCCUCCCUCCCCUCCCACCCCACCGCGCGCUUUCCCGCCGUCAUAGUCUGGUCCGAGAUCUACCAAGUCACUGGCCCCGUCGCCCGCUUCGCCUCCCAGAUCGCCGCCCACGGGUACAUCGUCGCGUGCCCGAGCGUCUACCACGAGUUUGAAGGGCCUGAGCCGCUGGCGUAUGAUGUGAAGGGGACAGAUAGGGGAAAUGAGUUGAAGGUGAAGAAGGAGUUGAGGGCGUAUGAUGAGGAUGCGAGGGUGGUGGUGGAUUGGCUAGGGGGGUUAGAGCGGUGUACGGGGAGGAUUGGGACGACGGGGAUGUGUUUGGGGGGGCAUUUGGCUUUUAGGACGGCCUUCGACAAGCGUGUAACCGCCGCCGUCUGUUUCUUCCCCACCGACAUCCACAGCAGCACCCUGGGCACCAUCCCCGCCGGCGAUACCGUCACCAAAGACUCGCUCACCCUCGUCCGUUCCGGCGCCCUCUCCCACGCCGAACUCCUCAUCCUCCUCGGCAAGCAAGACACGCACAUCCCGCGGGCAGGGCGGGACCUCAUCCGCGCUACCUUGGAGGACGCGAACGUGGUCGUGACGUGGUGCGAGUUUCAUCAUGCCCAGCAUGCGUAUAUUAGGGACACAUCGUCGAAGGGCCGGUAUGAUGCGGUGUUGACCGGGUUGUGCUUUCAGCAGAUGUUAGAGGUGUUUUAUAGGACGCUGGUGAUUGAUUUGGGUGGGGGAGAGAGGGUGGCUGCUAAGGCGCCUGUGCAUGUUUGCUGAGAUGGACGGCGUACCGGAUCGGUUUGGAAAAUGCCAUCGAUACUACUCAUUCGAGGUC